AUGAACGAUCCCGAAGUGAAGAUCCACGAUGUUUGGGCGAACAAUUUGGAAGAGGAGUUCAAGCGAAUACGGGAUACAGUCAAAAAUUACCCAUUUGUUGCAAUGGAUACGGAAUUUCCAGGUGUAGUUGCUACACCUUUAGGACAGUUCAAAAGUAAGGAAGAUUUCAACUAUCAACAGGUUUCCUGCAAUGUAAAUAUGUUAAAAUUGAUCCAGGUUGGAUUUGCUUUGUUGGAUAAAGAAGGUAACAUGCCACCGACGGGUGAUGUAUGGCAGUUUAAUUUUCAGUUUUCCUUAAAUGAUGAUAUGUAUUCACAAGACAGCGUCGAUUUGUUACGUAAUGCUGGCAUAGAUUUUGGACGACAUCAAGUUGAAGGAAUACGGAUGGCCGAUUUUGGUGAACUACUUACGACAUCAGGUUUAAUUGUUGAUGAACAUAUUACGUGGUUAACGUUCCAUAGUGGUUACGACUUUGGAUACCUCAUGCGUUCUAUUCUGCUUUCGGAAUUACCCAAGGAAGAAUCACAGUUCUUUCAAUAUCAUCGUAAACUUUUCCCGUGCAGUUAUGACUUAAAAAUGCUAUUGAAACAUCCAGGCUUAGUGAAUGCAAAAUUGAGAGGCGGUUUGCAAGAGCUUGCUGAUCAGCUAAAAGUGAUUCGGAAAGGACAACAACAUCAAGCGGGUUCUGAUUCAUUACUCACUGCGCAAACAUUUUUCAAAAUUAAGGAGCGUUUUUUUGAGGAUACUUGGGAUCAGGUUGCGCCAACAGUUGAAGGACAUCUGUACGGUCUCGGAAAUACGCUAUCAUCAGGUGCACCAUUUGUGCAAAUGACGGAUUCAUCAUCAACUCCCGAACCACAGCAAUCGUCGACACCAGAAGCAGCAUGA